AUGAUAAAACAUUCCCGAGCUGCUUCGGAGAUUGCCGAGUACACUUGGUCGUGCGACUUCGAACGCACAAUCCGCGCCAUGCACAUCAUGCCUUCCGCUGCCAUUCCAGGACCCGAGGCCGCGCUACGUCUGCUGCAGUUUGUCAACGCCUCUCCGACGCCGUUCCAUGCGGUACACAACGCUGCUGCGCGGUUGGAGAAAGCCGGUUUCCAGAAGAUCUUGGAGAAGGAUGCCUGGGAGAAGAGCAUUACGCCCGGCGGAAAGUACUACUUCACACGAAACCAAGCUACCCUCGUCGCAUUCACCCUGCCCGCCAAUUAUAAACCCGAGGAAGGGACCGGCGUAAGCAUUGUUGCGACACAUGUCGACUCGCCGAAUCUCAAGGUCCGACCAGUUUCCAAGCGCACCAAGGAAGGCUACUUGCAGGUUGGCGUUGAAACGUUCGAUCGGGACCUCUCUCUCGCUGGGCGUGUCGUCACUGGAAACGCGGGUAAUUUCAAGUCCAAGCUGCUCAAGAUCGAUCGUCCGAUCCUGCGAAUCCCUAAUCUGGCCAUUCACUUGGACCGGGACGUAAACCAGGGUUUCAAAUUCAACAAGGAAACCGAAUUUGUGCCUAUUCUAGGCCAGAUUGCUGCUCAGUUCAACGAAGCACCCGCUCAGGCUGCAGACGACAAGGGGACAAACAGCAUCAGGAACAACCACCAUUCGGCUCUUUUGGAUCUGCUUGCGACAGAGCUGAGCAUUGCCCCAGAGGAAAUCUACGACUUUGAGCUGUCUCUUUACGACACUCAACCCUCCGUACUGGGAGGCUUGAAUCAUGAAUUUAUCUUCAGUCCUCGGAUGGACAACCAGUUCUCUUCGUGCGGUGUCCUCUUGAUGCUAACAACCUACCGCCUACUGACCAAUUUCUCACUCAGAUUCUGUGCGGUCGAGGCUUUGGCCCAGUACGCCACCAGCCCUGAAUUCGAGGGCUACGAGGGCAAUGUGAACUGCAUCUCUCUCUUCAACCAUGAAGAGAUCGGCAGUGUCUCCACAACUGGGGCAGAAUCUUCUGUUCUCCCGUCUUUCAUUAACCGACUAGCGCCAUCUCCGGGAGCAAAUGCUCGGAGCAUCGCGCAAUCGUUCCUUCUUUCGUGCGACAUGGGCCAUGCUGUUCAUCCCAACUACGCCUCGAAACACGAAGACAACCACAAACCCGUCAUGAACGGUGGUGUGGUGAUCAAGACGAAUGCGGGGCAGCGCUACGCUUCAGAUGCCGUGACUACUUUCGUAGUACGCCAAUUGGCUGAGCGGAAAGGCGGCAGAACGCAAGAGUUCGAAGUCCGUAACGACAUGUCAUGCGGGUCGACCGUUGGGCCUGGGCUGUCGGCAUUAGGCCUCAAGACCUGCGAUGUCGGAUUUGGGCAGCUUUCGAUGCACUCCAUUCGUGAGACAGCUGGAUCUCACGAUGCCCAACAUGCCAUCGACCUGUUCCGUUCUCUGUUUGAGAACUACGCUCAGAUCCAGUCAACCCUGACGGUAGAUUGAUAGUGGUACAUGUCAUGCAAUGCAAGGGCUCUC